ACACUGUACUCAACAAACAAGUAAGUACAAAGAAACAUCCCUUAAAAAAAAAUAAAGUUUCUCUCUCCUUUAAUACCCUAACGUUCCCAAGUUUCAGACUUCAAGUCAGUUCGCACAAUGUCCCAUCUAAACGGCGCGUACUACGGCCCCUCCGUUCCGCCGCCGAAAUCCUACCACCGCCCCUCCCGCGGCGGCCGCGACGGCUGCUGCUGCGGCUGCCUGAGCUGCUUCUGCGGCUGCAUCUUCGACUGCAUCCUGGGCCUCAUCUGCAAGAUCCUCACCACAAUCCUCAUCAUCGUAGCAAUACUCGGCUUUCUCUUCUGGUUCAUCGUGCGCCCCAACGUGCUCAAAUUCCACGUUACCGACGCGUCCCUCACGCGCUUCGACUACACCACCAACAACACUCUCCACUACGACCUCGCCCUCAACGUCUCGAUCCGCAACCCGAACCGCAGGGUCGGCGUCUACUACGACCACAUCGAAGCGCACGCGCUGUACCAGGAUGUUUUGUUCGGGAACCAGACAUUAGGGCCGUUCUUCCAGCACCACAAGAACACCACCUUCGUGAAUCCCCUUUUCAAGGGCCAGCGCGUGACGCCACUCGCCGGGAACCAGGUCGAGGUGUUUGACAAGGAGAAGGGUUCGGGUGUUUACACCAUCGAUUUGAAGCUCUUUAUGGUGGUUCGGUUCAAGUUCUUGCUGUUCAAGAGUGCGAGCGUGAAGCCCAAGAUUCGGUGUGCGUUGCACGUGCCGCUGAAAUCGCGUAACGCAACAACAACUAUCUCCCCCGAUGCUGCGUUUCAACCCACAGAGUGCGGUUGGGAUUACGGGAAAAAAUGGUGGAUCCAUUAGAUUAAAAUUCCACCGGUUUUUUUUUCCCUUAGUAUUUCUUGCGAAAUUUCUUGUUUUGUUCUGGCUUUAUUUUAGGUAGUGUAUAUUUUCUUGAUGACAUUGGUUCCCUGACUGAAACGUAGCCAUUCUCCUAGUGGAUCGAUAUUACAAAAAUAUUUUUUUUUUAUAUAGCCUUAUAUUCACUUUUGAUACA